UGGAGAAGCCUUUUGCAGUUGUUCUUACACACAUAAUACAAAGAAAAGAAAUUAUUCUUGUUUUUUUAGGAAAAGAGUUCUGCCAUGGCUGCAUCUUACUCAGUGCCUUCAAUGAUAAUGGAGGAAGAAGGGAGAUUUGAAGCAGAAGUUGCAGAGGUGCAAGCAUGGUGGAACUCGGAGAGGUUCAAGCUAACCCGCAGACCAUACACAGCAAGAGAUGUUGUGGCUCUACGAGGAAACUUGAAGCAAGGCUAUGGCUCGAAUGAGAUGGCUAAGAAGCUGUGGAGAACUCUCAAGACUCACCAAGCCAAUGGCACUGCCUCUAGGACUUUUGGUUCACUAGACCCUGUCCAGGUAGCCAUGAUGGCUAAGCACUUGGACAGCAUUUAUGUUUCUGGUUGGCAGUGCUCCUCAACACAUACCAGCACCAAUGAACCAGGUCCUGACCUUGCUGAUUACCCCUAUGACACAGUCCCUAACAAAGUAGAACAUCUGUUCUUUGCGCAACAAUAUCAUGACAGGAAGCAGAGAGAGGCAAGAAUGAGCAUGAGCCGCGAGGAGAGGGCUAGGACCCCAUAUGUUGAUUACUUAAAGCCAAUCAUAGCUGAUGGUGAUACUGGUUUUGGUGCCACUACAGCAACUGUUAAGCUUUGCAAGCUCUUUGUGGAGCGUGGCGCUGCUGGUGUCCAUAUUGAGGACCAGUCCUCUGUGACCAAAAAAUGUGGCCAUAUGGCUGGUAAGGUGCUUGUUGCUAUUAGUGAGCACAUUAAUAGGCUUGUAGCGGCAAGGCUGCAAUUUGAUGUCAUGGGGGUGGAGACGGUGCUGGUAGCUAGGACUGAUGCAGAAGCAGCAAGUUUGAUCCAAAGCAAUGUGGACGCUAGAGAUCACCAGUUCAUUUUGGGUGCGACUAAUCCAAAUCUUAGAGGGAAAAAUUUGGCCAAUCUUUUGGCAGAAGCAAUGGCUGCUGGUAAAACUGGAGCUGAACUUCAAGCCAUUGAGGACAACUGGCUUGCAAUGGCACAACUUAAGACAUUCUCUGAGUGCGUUAUGGACACAAUCAAGAGUAUGAAUAUUGGAGAGUACGAGAAGAGGAAGAGAUUGAAUGAAUGGACGAACCAUUCUAGCUAUGACAAGUGCUUGUCCAUUGAACAAGGCCGAGAGAUUGCAGAAAGAUUGGGUCUUAACAAUCUUUUCUGGGACUGGGACUUGCCUCGGACCAGAGAAGGGUUCUAUAGGUUUAGAGGGUCUGUGGAUGCGGCUAUUGUUCGUGGCAGGGCUUUUGCUCCUCACGCUGAUCUUAUUUGGAUGGAGACUGCUGGCCCAGAUUUGGCUGAGUGCACCAAGUUUGCAGAAGGUCUGAAAUCAAUGCACCCUGAGAUCAUGUUGGCCUAUAAUCUUUCCCCGUCUUUCAAUUGGGAUGCAUCCGGCAUGACCGAUGAACAAAUGAGGGAUUUCAUUCCUAGGAUUGCUAAGUUGGGGUUUUGCUGGCAGUUCAUAACAUUGGCAGGUUUCCAUGCUGAUGCGCUGGUCACCGACACUUUUGCAAGAGAUUAUGCAAAGAGGGGAAUGCUGGCCUACGUAGAGAGGAUCCAGAGGGAGGAAAGGAAAAAUGGAGUUGACACCCUUGCGCAUCAGAAAUGGUCUGGUGCAAAUUACUACGAUCGGUAUCUGAAGACUGUCCAAGGAGGCAUUUCUUCCACUGCUGCCAUGGGAAAAGGCAAGUCACACAUAUUUUUUGUACACUAAAGAAAGAAUUGAAGUAGCAAAAGCUUGACAAUCUUGAAUCCUAAUUCUGUUUUGCAGGAGUGACUGAGGAGCAAUUCAAAGAGACAUGGAACAGGCCAGGAGCUCUCGAAAUGGGUGGUGCAGGAUCUGAAGCGGUUGCUAAGUCAAGGAUGUAAGACCAGAGCUGCUUUUGAGUAUGGUUUAAGGAUCACUUAGAACAUCGACCAGUUCCUAUAUUGUGGAACUGGAAGUGAAUAAUUUCUGGCAAUUACGCCAUUCUUGUCUUCUUCUUUUUACCAGCUACAUUGUGCUCGUCAUCACUUAGUCUAGCUCUGUCUAAAGCCAUUGUCAGAACAGGAACUUGUUUAUGGUUACUGUAACUCAGUUUCCUUCAUAUGUUUGCAAUACUAUAUGAUGUUUGUGCUCUA